GCAGUUUUAUUAUUAUUACAGUAGUUCACCGUUUUUGGAUCACGAAAAACAACAAAACUAUGAAAGGGAAAAUUAGAAAUGUCAAAAUGGCCGACGACGCGGAAAGCGACGACCAGUGGUUAUACGGCGAUCAGCAAGAAAAUGCUCACGAUGAAGCCCCACCUGAAGCCCCUCCGGCCGACGAUCCGGCCCCCGAACCCACCGAAAACAGCACCGAGCCGGCUCCAAAGGUUGUUGACGACGAUAAACCGCCAGGCGUGGACGAUGAACCCCCUGAAAAAGAAGCAGCCCCACCAGACGAGAAAGAGGAUGAAGAGGACGGCGAGGUGCGGCAAAACGGCGAAGAGGAAGAUCUCGACGAUGAUAGCGACGACGACGUGAACGUCGUGAUUGGUGAUAUUAAGACAACCCCGUCGUACACGUCGCUGAAUAUCAAAAGAGGGAACUUGUUGACAACUACGGCGCCUGUGGAUAAGAGUAAACAGGCUCAGCAACCGGGGAAGUUUUCGGUUGAUGAGUUUGACCAAGCGGGGAUGAUCAAUGGGGUUCCCGCUACUGAGUAUAACUUGGAUUCGUUGGAGGACAAGCCGUGGCGAAAACCGGGAGCGGAUAUUACGGAUUACUUUAACUACGGGUUCAAUGAGGAUACGUGGAGGGCGUACUGUGAGAGGCAGAAACGGAUGAGGAUGACUGAGUCUGGAGUCGGUCUAGCGGCGCAAAUGACUUCAAUUGCAAGAGGUACUGUGCCUAUUAUGAAUGACAACAGUAAAUAUUCUGGUAAUUUCUUGGGGAUACGCAAAGCAGGUCCGCCACCAGGUCGGAGGAUGACGGGGUCUAUUGACGUGAUUGGGGGGACGGCGCAAAGGGCGACACCUACUCCAGUCGGGAAAGCGGAACCACCUAAAAUGAAUGUGAUUCAAGUGAUGACAGCUGACAGGAGGGAGUACAGUAGGAAACCUACAGGAUUUCCUGAUAUGUCGGUCCCUCCACCUAGCACGUUUGAGGAGUUUCAACCAGAGUAUGGGUUCAAUCCUGAACCGGAGCCUUUCUAUGGUGGUUACGAACCAACUCAAGAUUCACAAUGGGGUCCUGAAGGUGAACCUCCCAAUUGGGCUCCCUCUGAAAUUAAGUCUUUGACUCCUGGUCCUAAUCCUCUAGGACCGCCACCUAAUAUGCACAUGGGGCCUCCAGUGAACAUGCCAAUGCCUGUACCUUCACCCAGGAAAGAUAGUCCUGGAAGGAGGGACUCCAAAGAAAGAGAACGAGCCAGAGAUGUCAGCAGGGGGAGAUCUGAGCGACCUAGGGAUAGGGAAAGGGAGAGGUCCCACAGGAGGGAAAGGUCAAGGAGCAGAUCUCGAAGACACAAAUCAAGAUCUAGGAGCCCCAGUCACCGACAUAGAAAAAAGAAGUCUAGGCGACACGAUGAGAGCGACUAGCAUUUUAAUAUCUUGUAGAUAUAAGUUGAUUAAGAAAGAAUAUGAUUAUAAGCCUUUAAGCAUCUGCUGUGUGAGCAUCAAGUUUUGUAAUUUAUUUUCUGGAAUAAAUGAAUCCUGUUGA